UGCUAGGCUAACAAGACUGCUUCAAAGUCAAAACACAAAACGAGUCUGGUUUCACUUUUUGAAACGGAUUCUGGAAAGGCAAAACUUUUAACGCGGUUGCGAAAAAAAGUCGUUUAUUGAGAGAACUCUGUGAAAAUGGCCCAGUCUUCGAUAAUUGCCGGAGUCAUCGUGGAAGACAUAGCAAGACAUCUAAACUGUCGACUUUGCAGGAGAUUAAUUCGAACACCGAAACUUUUGCCUUGCCUACACUCGUUUUGCCAAGUUUGUAUCCGAGGCUUUGCAGAGAAACUCGCUCCGGGCGAAUUUCUGGCUUGUCCGCUGUGCGAAACGGAUGCUAAAGUUUCAAAGGAAGAAUUGGAAGAUCUACCGACAAAUUUCUUUCUCGAUAAUAUGUUGGAUAUUGCUUUGAUAAACUCGAGCGACAGAGAACCGGUUCCUUGCUCAAAUUGCGACUCGCUGAACUCUCCGGCAACCUCUCGAUGCGUGGACUGCGGCGAGUUUCUUUGCCUGAAUUGCUACAACGUUCACAAAAGGAUUCGCCAGACGAAAGAACACAGGAUUUUGACAAUUUCCGAACUUCUUGCCAGUAAAACUGGCGAGGAUUUACACCGUCCUGCUUUCUGUAGGAUACAUCACAGCGAGCCCUUGAAAUAUUAUUGUGAGACCUGCAAUGAAGCUGUGUGCCGAGAUUGCGUGUUGAUUGAACAUCGACAACACAAGUACGACUACAUUAAAGACUCCAAAAAGAUACAAAAACAAAAGGCUGUCAUGGAGAAUUUGUUUGAAGAGUGCUCGGGGAACAUUCCGUUUUUGGAAAAGUCUAUUAAGGAAAUCCAAAGUAUUUCUGACACGUUGCGAGGAAGGCUUGCGGCAGUUAAAGCUGAAAUUCGGGAGGCCACUUUACAUCAGAUCAAAGUUCUAAAGGAAAAAGAGAGACAAUUACUGAUGGAGGCCGACAAAAUUUACAACGCAAAGUCGCCUAUUUUAAAACGCCAAAAAGACCAGCUCCAAGAUGAAUUCACGAAAUUUAAGACAGGAUGUGAUUUUUCAGAGCAGGUUUUAAAAUAUGCGAACGAAGUGGAACUGCUGUCGUUAAAAACUCCCAUAACAGAAAGGUUGACGGAACUGAAUAAUACAAAACUUGAUUGUAAACCACACGAAAACUCCGAGCUCAAAUACGAAGUAAACAGUAAGGAAGCAGAGCCUGUGGUCGCUCACUCUUUGGGAACUCUUAAAACCAGCGGGCCGCAUUUAGUACUGGAAGACAUGGAGGUGGCGCCAACAAUGAAUGGAAGAACGAACGGGUACAGCGAAGAUACCGUUACAAGGGAGGUACCCCUCUCUGUGGAGUUAAGAGACCCCAAUGGGGUUCUAUUACCACCCGAGACAAUUCAUCAAGCUGAUGGUCAGUCUUUCUCUGCAUAUCAUCCUUUCUUUAAUGGAAAUUUCUCGUUUUCUGUGUUUAUUCGCGGACAAGUCGUGGAAGGCUUUCCGCUGGACAUAAAUAUUGGUGAUAUAAGGCCUCGUGUUCGAAGCGCCAAGAGAGCAAUCGCAGGGAGUGGGUCUAAGUUUGGAAAGUUAGGAGAUCCCCAGGGGGUGGCAGUGAGUGAAGAUGGCAAUGUUAUCGUCAGUGACUCGCGGAAUCAUCGUCUGCAGGUUUUUGACAUGGAUGGAAACUUCCAGUUCCUCUUCGGCGCACCCGGAAGUCGAGAAGGUCAUUUCCAGUUUCCCAGCGGUGUAGCCGUGACCAGUGAGGGGGACAUCGUUGUAGCAGAUACCAUGAACAAUAGAAUCCAGAUUUUUACGAAAGACGGAAAGUUCAUUAAGAAGUUUGGUAAAGAAACGAUGGAAGGAGAGCGCCUCUAUCAGCCAUACGGAGUAGCUGUCGACAACCAAGGUCGUAUCUUCGUCGUAGACCGCGGCAAAGCUCGAGUGGUAGUUUUCAACGAGAAAGGUCAAGUUCUAUUCACGUUUGGUAGCCUUGGCGAUGGAAGAGGACAAUUCAACUGCCCUUCAGCUGUGGCAGUAAACAGUAAAGGCCACGUGAUCAUCACUGACUUCGGAAACGACCGGGUGCAGGUUUUCGGCUCGAAAGGCCAGUUUCUAUUCAAGUUCGGAAAGAGCGGGAAAGCCGACGGCGAACUUAACUGGCCAACUGGAGUAGUUACGGAUGCCGACGAUCACAUCAUCGUAAGCGACUCGUAUAAUCAUCGUAUUCAAAUUUUCAACGAGGACGGUUCGUUUAUGACCCGAUUCGGAAGCGAAGGGAGUAAGAGAGGGCAGUUCAAGAGACCAGAAGGAGUGGCUGUUACGAAACAGGGAAACAUCGUUGUUGCUGAUUGGGGUAAUGACAGAAUACAGGUGUUUUGAAGCUUUGGUCCACAGUAAUGCUGUAUUUCGUAGUUUUGAAUCGAACUUUGACUUAAGGUAAAUUGACCGUCUGAAAAAUAAGCAUAUUUGUUACCUCGGCAUGCAAACGAACUCAUCAGGCGCUGGAAAACACAAGUGAAAUUUGCAAGUAGUUGUUCUUUUGUUUCUGGUUGUUUUAGAGGAUGAAACGAGUUUUUUGUUUGUAUCAAUAAAAGAGCGUAGCUAGGUAAAACCAAUUCAAUAUUAACCUAACAAGUGGUAUAAAUAACGAAGGACAGUUUGUUUUUCUUUCUUGUAAGUGUAACUCGUCAUCACUUCUUGCAUCGAUGCGAACAACUGGAAACAGAGCAAAAAGUAACGAUUACUUUGAAAACCUUUCGUGGUUUGAGUGAAGUGGAUAUUGUAGAGUCUUUUGUGAGAGCCAUACUAGAUAAUUUUUGAGUGAUAGAUCAUUAUGACUGCACAGCGAAAACAAAUGAACACCUUUUUUAACAGCCGGAACCAUCUUAUCGGUAGUGAAACAAUAA